UGGCUCGAGCCGACCCCCGUGCGGCCGCGACGCCGCGCCCGGCGGCGCCGCGGCAUGGCGGGGAUGUUCUCCGCCGAGCUGGCCUACCGGACUGUGGAGUUCGGAGGAGAGGCCGCUCUGCGCUCGGCGAGGCACGUGUUGCAUCUGGACUGCUCCCACGGCCCCGCCUCGCUGGUGGCUCACGGCGCGGAGAGGCUCUUCGCGGAGCUGGGCAGGAGGCGGCCUGACCUGCACGUGGAGCACGUGCGCCUCUGGGAGGCUGGCACACGCUCGCGCAUAGAGUACGGCCUGGAGCACGUGAGGUCCAAGAUGGCGAUGCUGGGGGGGGUGCACGAGCCCUGUGUGGUCCUUCACGGGGGCCUCAGAGGCUCACCCAGCGAGCCUGGUGACCUGCGGCGCUUCGCGGCCAUCGAGGAGCUGGCCGCCCAGGUCGCGACCGCCCGGGGGCUGGUCGUUUCUGCGCCGAUGUGGAAUUACUCUGUGCCGUGGGUCCUGAAGCAGUACUUCUCGGCGACGCCCGCGGGGCCCCUGGGGCUGCUCGGCGGGGGCCGCCCCGUUGUCAUCGUGACGUCCUCUGGCGGGGCGGGGGGCAAGGACUACCUGGUGCCGUGGCUCAGGGACGUGGCGGGGAUGAUGGGCUUCGACGACGCCACCAUCCAGGGCGAGGUGGCCGCCGCGGCGGCCCGGGCCGCGGAGGCCCUUGGCGGCCCGGGCCGCGCGGCCGAGGCCGCGGCCCGGGUGGCGGCCGCCGCCGGGCACGCCCGCGGCGAGGAGGGCCCACCUGUGGAGGAGUGGGACUGCGAGCGCGUCCUCCAGUGGCUGCGCGCCCAGGGGGGCCUGAGCGCGGACGCGCUGGAGUCCAUGGAGGCGGUCGGGGUGAGCGGGGAGCUGCUCCUCGGGGCGUCGGAGGACGAUUGGCGCGAGGAGGAGCUGGGCCUGGAGGAGGCCGACGUGGCGCGCGCGGUGGAGCUGCAGGGAAGAUUCCGCGCCCUCGCCGAGGGCGGUGCCGGCGCUGGCUGAGCCGCGGCCCUCGCGCGCGCGCGAGCGGCCGAAGGCGCAGGCCUGCGCCAGACGUUUGACCGCGGCGUAGGCGCUGGGCGUUGGGCACGGAGAGAACGGGAACACGGAAGGAUCGGUAGAAUGAGAGCUGGAGUCCGAUGGAGAGCAA